AUGGAUGCCAUGCAUUUUGCGUUGAGUGUUGCCAUUCAGCACCAGUUGAUCGGGCCGGGCUUCAACAAGUUUCCCCGGUGUUCACAUGCUGGCCCAGCGGUUCAGCAAUGCCCCUUGACUCCGAGGAUUCGUGAAACAUGUUACAAAACAUCCAUGGCUAGGUGAGCUCAGAUGAGGUGGCCAGCUAUGGCCAGCUGAUCCAGCUGAUCCUGCUCGAUCGCUUUUGGCUCAGACCCCGUCAAAGCUCACCGGGUCGUGCCAUGGCGGAUGGCAUGCUGCGGUCUCCCACCUUUCUGGUUGGAGCAGAGAGGCAGCGCAAGAAUCUGGACGAGUUCAAGCGGAGGGAACAGCAACUGGCGGAAGCCUAUCACAAGAACAAGCCGCUCUGUUUCAAUGCUUGCUCCUAUCAACGAACUCAUCCAGUGAAAGCCCAGAAAGGUCACAAGGAUGCAGAUGCAUGUCUAACAGUGCCUUUGAUUCUGGGCGUGGCGGAUGGCGUCUCACAGAUUGAGGACUUUGGCAUCGAUGCCUCGGUGCUGCCCAACGAGCUGCUGAACGUGGUGGAGCAGUUGGGCAUGCACCAACUCCUCCCCAAUGUGAGCCUCUCAGCGGGCGACACCUACCGCGGCCCCGUGUCCAUGCUGCGGAGAGCCUUUGAGGCUACGGAAUCCCUGGGCUCUCUGACGGUGGUGCUGGCCAUCAUGGACAACUCCACGCGGAUCCAUGGAAAGCUUCAUCCGAUGAUCGCCAUCAUCACAGUGGGUGACUGCGAGUUGUUAGUGCUGCGAAGGCUUGCAGGGCCUCGCUCGCGGCUGGAGCUGGUCUGCCACACGGAGAUGCAGAGGAUCGAUGGACAUGCGCAAACUCCCUUGCAGCUGGCCAGGGUCGAUGAUCGAAUUGAUCCAAACUUCCAUGAAGAGUUGACCAUCGAGGUCAUCGAAAAGGGUAGUGCUGUCCAUUGCGUGUCUGCUUAUGAAGGUGACAUCGUUAUUAUGGGCAGUGACGGUGUUUUCGACAAUCUCUUUUUAGAUGAAAUCUUGCGCCAGCGCCAGGACCUGGCCAAUGGCCUUUUGGGCGUGAGCCCCUCACAGGUGCAGCUGCGCAUGUUGGCGCAGCGCAUCGUCGAGCAGUGCCACGCCAAGACACGGCCGCUGCCCAACGGCGCGUUGCCCGAGGCGCCCAUUGGCCGUGGCGGCAAGAAGGAGCGAAUGACGCCCCGGCUCGAUCGGGAUGACACGAGUUGUGUGGUGGCCGAAGUGGUUGAAUGGACGGAGGAGCUGCAGAAGCUUUGGGCUCCAGAGGCAUCGAACCAGUUGAGUCGAAAGCCUCCCACUUGGAUAGGUGUCCUGAUGGAUCAUCCCUGGACGUUUCCAUUGACACUGUAA